UUUUCACUAAACAAACUAACACAACAAUAAGAAUACUUACAUCUUUUUUUGUUGCUAAACCCAAUAAGCUAACUAAUUAAGUAAUUAACCAUGGUACUUAUUGAAGCAGUCUCUAGUACCGAUGCUUAUAUUCAGUCCAACUUCGCUUCACGCCAUCUCCAAACUCCACUACCAAAGUUCAAGAUAUCGGAAAAUUCGAUACCUAAGGAGGCGGCAUACCAAAUAAUAAACGAUGAACUUAUGUUAGAUGGGAAUCCACGGCUGAAUUUAGCAUCAUUUGUGACAACAUGGAUGGAGCCAGAGUGUGAUAAACUAAUGAUGGCUGCCAUCAACAAGAACUAUGUUGACAUGGAUGAGUAUCCUGUCACCACCGAGCUUCAGAAUAGGUGUGUGAACAUGAUAGCAAGGCUAUUCAACGCUCCACUUGAGGACUCGGAGGCGGCUGUCGGGGUAGGAACUGUAGGCUCAUCGGAGGCCAUAAUGCUAGCCGGGCUCGCCUUCAAGAGGAGGUGGCAGAACAAGCGCAAGGCUCAAGGCUUACCCUAUGACAAGCCCAACAUUGUCACCGGCGCUAAUGUUCAGGUGUGUUGGGAAAAAUUUGCAAGGUACUUCGAAGUGGAAUUGAAGGAAGUAAAGCUAAGGGAAGGAUAUUAUGUGAUGGACCCUGUUAAGGCUGCUGAAAUGGUCGAUGAGAACACAAUAUGUGUAGCCGCCAUUCUUGGUUCCACCCUCAAUGGAGAGUUUGAAGAUGUCAAGCUUUUGAAUGAUCUUUUGCUUGAAAAGAGCAAGAAAACUGGGUGGGAUACUCCUAUACAUGUGGAUGCAGCAAGUGGAGGAUUUAUUGCACCCUUCCUUUAUCCAGAGCUAGAAUGGGACUUCAGGCUUCCCCUGGUGAAGAGCAUAAAUGUCAGUGGCCAUAAAUAUGGCCUUGUUUAUGCUGGCAUUGGAUGGGUCAUUUGGAGGAACAAGGAAGACUUGCCUGAAGAGCUCAUUUUCCAUAUCAAUUACCUAGGAACUGACCAACCUACCUUCACUCUCAACUUUUCCAAAGGAUCUAGUCAAGUCAUAGCUCAAUAUUAUCAGCUAAUCCGCCUUGGCUUUGAGGGAUAUCGAAGUGUGAUGGAGAACUGCCAAGAAAAUGCUAUGGUGUUAAAAACUGGCCUAGAAAAGACAGGCAGAUUCACAAUAGUCUCUAAAGAUUUUGGUGUUCCUCUAGUAGCCUUUUCUCUUAAAGACAAUACCCUCCAUAACGAAUUCGAGGUUUCGGAGUUACUAAGAAGAUUUGGGUGGAUUGUUCCAGCCUACACCAUGCCAGCUGAUGCACAGCAUGUGACAGUGCUUCGUGUUGUAGUCCGGGAAGACUUUUCCCGGACUCUUGCUGAGCGCCUCGUAUUCGACAUCACCAAGGUGCUCAAUGAGCUUGAUUUCCUUCCAUCCAAGAAUAGUAAAAGUCUAGGACAUCAUGGCAUAGGGAAGAAUGGAGUUGUGUGUGUGCCUAAGAAAAGUGCACUUGAGACACAAAGGGAGAUUACUGAUGUUUGGAAGAAGUUUGUCAUGGCAAGGAAGCCUAGCAAAGUCUGCUAGCUAUUUUCUGUUUUCAGGGAAUACUAUUACUGUGAUUUCUUGAAAUAUCACUGAUAGAAGUCAAAUUUAUGAGUUUCAAAAAAAAUUAGAAGUUUUGCCUACACUUACAAUAGUAUUUGACAGGCACAAUGUACCUGAUUACAGGAGAAAUAAAAUUGUGUGCUUAAUUCUGUAAUUUUCUCUGUAGGAUACGGUGAGUUGUACUCCAGAUGACCCAAUGAUCUGAUACAAGUAUAAUACUCCUUUUGUCUCGUAA